AAGAUAUAUCUGUCGCAAAUUUAUAAACAUUCAACUUGACAUACCUUGUCUUAUACUCCGUGUUGACCUGCGAAAGAAAUAUCAUCAUCUGAGAUAUUGUAGAUUAAAAUAGAGAAAUGAUCGCCAUAUUAAUUGCUCACAGUGAUUAAAUUGUUGUGUGUAAAUCAGAUUACUUCUGCUUUUGACGGUAAACUUUGUAAGAAGACUGCUAAGCUAUGCUGGUCGAACGCCUCAGUUUGCUGCUUUUUUUCUCAGUCGGCCUGAUGGGAACCAAGAUCUGCAAGGCCCAACAGGAUCGUAAUCCAAUCGAGCUAGAGAAUGGAGCUUAUAACAACAUACUCAUCGCUAUAAGCAAAGAUGUCGAAGAAGAUUCAAGUAUCAUACAAAAUAUAAAGGAUAUCUUCAGGGCCGGAUCUUCUAUCCUUUUCAACGCUACCAAUCUGCGGGUCUACCUUGGGACUAUCACGAUCCUAGUCCCGCCAACUUGGUCCAGAAACUCUGAGUAUCAAGUUGCCCAACGUGAAGCCUAUGAGAAUGCUAACGUUCUCGUUACUGAUCAACAGUCUAAUCAUCGUCCGUUUGUCGAUAAACCAUUCAAAUGUGGACAACAAGGAAGAUUCAUGCAUUUAUCCAAGACUUUCCUCGUCGACCAAGCUUUACGCGAAAAUCAAUUUGGAGAUUCUGGUAAAGUGAUUGUCCGUCAGUUUGCCAAACUCCGUUGGGGCGUGUUUGACGAGGAUUACGUGCCAGGGACCGGUGCUGAACCUUACUACCAAUUAAACUCGAACACCGUAACAGGUGGCGUCUUCGAAGGAACACGAUGCUCUUCGAAAGUUCUAGGAGAUCUCCUUGAUGAAAAUGAAAGGCAAUGUCGGCAAGAUCCUUCUGGGUAUUUACCCGACUCUUGCAGAUUCGUGCCCCAUGCCAGUGGGCAAACUGCCAGGGCAUCGUUAAUGUUUGCUUCCAACAUCCACUCGAUUGACAUGUUCUGCCACGACGAUCCAGGAAAUGUGGGGUAUCAUAAUUACAUGGCUCCUAACCUACAGAAUAAGAAGUGCGACUAUCAAAGCGUUUGGCAGCUGAUGCGGAAAUCGACUGAUUUCAUGAAUGGAAACAGUCCUUCCUUGCCAGAGGAUACCGACACAUCACCAAACUUUAUUGUCGUGCAGCCGGCCGGAUCUCUGAGGAUUGUUCUUGUUUUAGAUACCAGUUUUUCCAUGGAUGGGCCCCGUUUUAACAAGAUGAUCAGAGGGGCCAAGAACUUCAUCCAGAGUAUAGUACCUAAUAAUAGUUACGUGGCCAUUGUCGAGUUCAAUUCCGUAUCCAAAGUGAAUUCUAACAUGAUUGAACUCAGCAGUGUCAUAUCAAGGAAAAACUUGGCGUCUCUACUUCCAACGGUUGCCGAAAACAAUACGUGUAUUGGCUGCGGCAUUUUGACAGCUAUCGAGGUUGCCCAAUACAACGGAUUGGAUUCCCGAGGUGUGUAUCUCAUUCUUCUCAGCGACGGACAGGAGAAUAUUUAUGAAGACAUAACUCUAGUAGCUGACACUCUGGAUGACAUCGAAAGUUCAGGUGUUACUGUGCAUUCAAUCGCCUUUUACGGAGCCGACACCCAGUUGGAAGAGCUAGCCCAGAUGACAGGCGGUAGAUCGGCAACGUGUGCUGACGGAGGGAGCUCACAAUGCGUCAUAUCCGCCUUUGUGUCAAUCAUAGCGCAAAGUCCACAGAGUGUUGCGACUUCUGCACCAAUACAGGUUCAGAGUUCAACGAUCACAUUAGACCCUGGCACUACCAAGACUACCGAUAUCGUCAUUGAUGAUUCUCUAGGACUGGAUACUGUCAUAACAAUUACAUGGACGGCCAACGACAUCAUCACUGUCACAGUCAGAGGACCAGAUGGUACCGUUAUAGACAGUACUGAUGCAAGAUAUGAGACUGAUAUCAGCUCUAAAAUUAUUACCGUCACCAUCAUAGAUGCAGAGGCAGGUGUAUGGAGCAUUGAAAUCAAUAACGACGGCAACCCUCACAUGGAAUCCGUUAGUGUGGACGUGAUUUCUAAACCUCGUUCUGACGGUGUUUACCCUCCAGUUGUAAAUAGCUUCUUAGGGACAUCGAUAGUAUACUACACCACUGCUCCCCUGUUAGAGGUCUAUGCAUAUGUCCAUAUCAACUACGUACCCGUCAUCGACGCUACAGUGAUUGCUGAAGUAGUCAGCUCGACAACAGGGGAUGUGACAACCAUCUCGCUACUUGAUAACGGACUAGGAGCUGAUUUGAUCGCAGGUGAUGGUAUUUACUCGGCUUAUUUCCUUGAUUUCUCAUCGAAUGGACGAUAUGGCGUCAAGGUAGAUGUAAACGGAUACACCGCCAAUUCGUCAGAAAGUGCGCUGCGAUCUAAACGAGAUACGGGAACUCUGACCACUCCUGUCCCGUCUCUACGGUUCCAGCGAACGACUACAGCGGGCGUCUUUCAAGUAGAAAACUACUCUCCUGAUCUGAUUUUUGACAUCCUCGCACCAUCUAAGAUCACUGAUAUCACUAGCAGAGAGAGAACAUACGAUGAGAAUAGAAAUGUGACGUUGACAUGGUCAGCUGUAGGGGAUGACUUAGACCAAGGAACAGCUGCCUACUACGAGCUCCGUUUCUCAGAUAACUUCACCCAAAUCCGAACCAACUUUACCUCCGCUGCUGCUGUUAACGAUACCGAUCUCAUACUUGGUAACCUCUCCCGAGUCGCUUCAUCUGGUACUCUCGAGUCCAUCACUAUUCUUCUGCCUGGUCAGGACUCAGACGCUAUCUUUUCAUUCAUGAUAAGAGCCUGGGAUGAGGCUGGCAACGCAGGUCCUUUAUCGAACAUCGUAUCUGUCUCAAGACGUUCCCUACCCCCGACUACCAUGCCGACUACCAUUCUGAACUCGACAUCGGAACCACCAUCCACACAAUCACCUGGAGUAGCACUUCCAAUAUGGGUUGUCAUUUCAUUUUCCUGCGCCGCAUUCUUCAUCGUUAUCGCUGUUUCCAUUAUUGUUGGUGUGCUUUGUAAUCGUAGCGCACCUAAGAAUCCAAUAGGGUCGGUUUAUGAGCACACUAAUCCUGCUUAUGAAUGUUAUGAACCGUAGUAUAGCACACGAAUGUUAUGUACAUGCAUGGGCGUC